AUUGUAUAGAUACUUCAACUCAGUUGUGCGCGCGGCCCUAUGUGUGCGUGCGCUUGUAAAUAUACAACUUUCAUUCGUGUGGCAGUGACGCGGCAGUCGUCGUUCGAGCAAGACGUGUUCCUAUCGCUUUUUCUUACGGGUACAGUCGUUUACGAAAAUGUCUAGUUCUUCACGGAAAAAAUGUUUAAGGAGUCAGACUCGAGAAACCAUUGCUAAGGUAUACGAAUUUCUGAAAAUAGAUGCGAGAGAUAUAUUGGAACUAGUAAGUGAUCCAGUUUGCAGUGCAAGUCCAAUUUUAAUAUCGAAACUAAGUGAACAUUUAAAUAGCGUACGGAAAAGAACAGCAAUGGCAGUGGGGGUAUCAGAGAGAACAGUUACUAAUAUAUUGGCUGAAGGAAAAGAAUCUGACUCUAAGUUUAAAUCUCCGCAUAAAGACCGUAAAAAACGUUUAAAGAAGUUAGAAUUAGACAACUUUAACGUUGAUGUUAUACGUUCCACUAUUCAAAAUUACCAUUUAGAACAUCGUGAGUUACCUACCUUGCUAAAGUUGAAAAGAAUAUUUCAAGAUAAACUUAACUAUGAUGGAAGUAUUUCGACUCUGCGUACAGCUUUGUUAAAGUUGGGAUACAAAUGGCGAAAAACUGUGGAUAACAGACGUGUUAUUAUAGAGCGGCAUGACAUCCUAAAACUACGAUUUUCCUACCUAAAAAAUUUACUCAGAUACCGUCAAGAAAAUCGGUGUAUCGUAUAUACAGAUGAGAGCUAUAUCUUAACUAAUCAUGUUCAAAACAAAGGAUGGGGUAAUAAAGAUGGACCACCUUUAAAGAGAAACCUGUCGAAAGGACAAAGAAUUAUCAUUGUGCAUGCUGGUUCAGAACAAGGUUUCGUACCUAACGCACUAUUGACAUACAAAGCAAAUAGUGUUUCUGGUGAUUACCAUUCUAACAUGAACGCGGAAAACUAUGAAAAGUGGCUAAAAGAACGUCUAGUACCGAAUCUUCCACCUAACUCUGUGGUUGUGCUUGAUAAUGCCUCAUACCAUAACGUUCAAAAUGACAGAGCCCCAAAUUCGAAUUCCAAAAAAAUAGAAAUGCAGAGAUGGCUGACAGAAAAAAAUAUAGCUUUUAAUCAAGAUAUGAAAAAAAUUGAACUGUAUGAUUUGAUUAAAAAAAAUAAAGAAAACUAUAUCUGUUACAAGAUUGAUGACAUACUUCAGCGAUAUGGCAUAAAAGUUCUUCGAUUGCCACCAUAUCAUCCUGAACUAAACCCCAUAGAAAAUGUGUGGGGAAUUUUAAAAAAUUAUAUUGCUUCGCGUAAUGUCGACCAAAAUGUGACGGAAAUAAUGAAACUCAUAAAUGAAUGUUUAAGUCAAAUUGAUGAAGGGAUGUGGGGUAAUACUUGUCGACAUGUACAAAAGAAAGAAGAAGAAUACUAUAGACAUUUUGACAUGGAGUCAGAAUUCAUAAUUAACCUUGAUGAGAGCAGCGAAUCCGAAAAUUCAUCAUUUGAUUUUUCAAGUAGCGAUUCAGAAUAAUGUUCAAUAAAUAAACAUUAAAUUACCAAAUAAC